AUUUGAGAUGAAAGAAUUUUAAGGAACGGAAAUAGAUACAGUCCCCACCUUUCUUUCUCUGGGCCCUCUCUCUCUCUCUCUCUCUCCUCUUCUGACUUCCCCGCUUUCUUUGGCUUCGCUCUCAGCAAAAACAAAACAAAACAAAACAGAUCAAACAAAAAAACUGUUUUUCGUUCUCAAGAUCAAACAGACAUGCACUGACCUCUUUCUCGCUCGGAAAACCGGUUCUUUCAUUGCCUUCGUUAGUAUAUUUGUUUGGGUGUACAUAUUUUUCUCAAAGUACCAUUUCUCAAAGACAACCAACCUUAGAGACCUCAAAGAAAAAUCCUUAAUUUCGGUUCAGAAACCUCCUUCUUUGGUUCCUUGCUUCCCGGUAGCUCCAGAAGUAGUAAUCUUGGUGAUCCGCCCAUAUGGAGAAAGAGCCUCUGCUGCCGUAUCUAAGCCCGAGAAAGAAACCUCUGCCACCGCCGGUCCUAGCACCACUCCCGGAGCACGACGAAAUCUCUCUCCCUCUAACCCCUUCUGCGCUCAAAGACCGCCUCAUCUUUGGCCCUGCUUCCUCUUCCCUGCAAGACGCUUCCCCUUUCGUCGAUGCCUUAACCCUUUCUCUUAGCUCCCCAAGACUCUCUUCUUGUUCUUCUUCCUCCAUGGAACCCGCUUCCCCGCAAGAUCCUCAAUCACAAUCGCUGUUACAGUCCCCAAAAAGUUGGCUCGUUGACCCCAAUUAUCCAUGGACCAAGACCAAUCUCCACCGCUCCAAAACAGCGCCGGCCAUGGCGGUUAUCAACGAUUUUGGCCACCCUUCUCCGCCUAGACCGCAAUUCGGGUCCCAAUCGAUCGUUCGCCAAGCGUUUGUUCUUCUUAUAUUGUAUUUGUUCUUGGGAGUGGUUAUAUAUUCGUUCAAUAAGGACGAUUUCGUGGCGGAUGAGACCCACCCGGUAGUGGAUGCUCUGUAUUUUUGCAUUGUGACCAUGUGCACGAUCGGCUAUGGUGAUAUUACGCCGGCUAGCACAGCAACCAAGUUGUUUUCGAUACUGUUUGUGUUGGUGGGCUUUGGUUUUAUGGACGUUUUGCUUACUGGGAUGGUGAGCUAUGUGCUUGAUUUGCAGGAGAAUUAUUUGUUGAGGACCGUGAAAAGUAAGGGUGGGACGGAUACCCCAAGGUCGUACAUAGUUGAUGUGAAGAAAGGGAGGAUGAGGAUUAGGAUGAAGGUGGCAUUGGCAUUAGGGGUCGUGGUUCUUUGUAUUGGGAUUGGUGUGUGUGUAAUGCAUUUUGUGGAGAGGCUUGGUUGGUUGGAUUCGUUUUAUCUCUCGGUUAUGUCGGUCACGACCGUUGGAUAUGGUGACCGGGCAUUUAAGUCCUUGCAGGGUCGUCUUUUUGCUUCCAUUUGGUUGCUUGUAUCGACACUCGCGGUUGCUCGAGCGUUUCUGUACUUGGCCGAGGCAAGAGUGGAUAAGCGGCAUAGAAGGAUGACAAAGUGGAUUCUUGGUCAGGAUAUGACUGUCUCUGAGUUUCUUGCUGCUGACAUUGACAACAAUGGCUUUGUGAGUAAAUCAGAAUAUGUCAUAUACAAGCUCAAGGAGAUGGGAAAGGUAUCAGAGAAAGACAUUAUGCAGAUCUGCAACAAAUUUGAUCGGCUUGACACAGGAAACUGUGGAAAGAUAACUCUUGCUGAUCUCAUGGGGAGUCAUCAUUGAUACUAAAGUACUCUAGGUUCUUCUUAUAGCACCACAGAAAGACGGGAGAAAAUACUACCAGUUAUAGAGUUGAGUUGAACGAGGGGCCAGUUUCUAUUCAAGUUGCGUACAGAUGAUGGAUGAGAUUCACAGUCUUAUCAGUUGUUCCUCUUCCAUGUCUGUUGAAAACUUCAACCCUUCAAAUUGAUAAGCAUUUUAAUUUUUCUCUUAGUGGGAUUUUUGGGUAUUGGUUUGAAUUUAUUCAACAAGAAUAACAGUGGAUGAAGCAUGAUGGAUACAAGUGCAUCUAAAAACACAUCCUAGUUCCCAUGGUUCUAUUGUUCACUUGUGCGAAAACCGGUUUGAUGGUGAAAGUUACUGCCUCUUCCAACUUGCUCAUACCCAUCAUGGUAUACGUUAUAGAUCAACAGGGGUUGAAGUAUGCAGAACAAUUUUGCUGAUUGAAGCUAUAUAUAUUUGCUUCUGUACAAAUGGGUUUGGAUUUAUUCUUUUGUAAAAACUGGGGAUAAGAAUCUAAACUCAAUAAUUAUGAAAG